CAAGACGGGACAACACGCCGGUACCUCGCUUUUUUGACGGCUGGCAGCGAUGUUCGCGUCCAUGGGACACGGCCGUCCGUGAAGCUUCAUCGCGUGUGUUCUACCUCUCCUGAAGCCAGUUGGUGAAUCCAGCCUUCGCCAUGAGCUGUUUGGAUGUUAUGUACCAAGUGUAUGGUCCCCAGCCUUAUUUUACAGCAACUUACAGUCCUUACCACCAGAAACUAGCGUUUUACUCGAAAAUGCAGGAAGCGGCGGACAGUACAAACAUCAGUGGGUCAUUUUCGGUCCAUGGGUCUACCAUCAAAGAGGAGGAAUCGCGCGGCGAGAAAGACCGUCCCCCUGAAGCAGAAUAUCUUAGUUCCCGCUGCGUGCUCUUCACUUACUUCCAGGGUGACAUUAGCAGUGUGGUUGAUGAACAUUUUACAAGGGCACUGAGUCAGCCCAGCAGUUACACUCCUGCCAGCAGCGACUCGAAAGCUUCAAGGGGCAGCACCAGUUCUUGGCGAGAUGGUGCCUUCCCAAUGAACCAACGGAGUUUCCCUCCAUCUUUCUGGAACAGUGCUUAUCAACCCUCCAUGUCAGCAAGCCUAAGUAGCAGUUUGGGCAGUGCUUUGGCUGGAGCUCCCACUGAGCUGCCUUUUGGAGCUGACCCAUAUUCAAGUGCAGCUUUGCACACUCACCUGCACCAAGGAGCUCCUGAACCCUGGCACCACCAUCAUUAUUCAUUGGGCAGUGCCAUCAACACACAGAGUUCCGUCUACACACGGCCUAGUAUGCAUGAUGUAUAUGGGAUGGGUGCACCUUUUGACCCACGCUACAGUUCAUUGUUAGUGCCUUCAGUGAGGCCACAUCGAUUUCCUGCUGUCCCUACACCCCCGUGCGAUCUGGCCAAGAGUGAUACUGCCUCUGCAUGGACCACAGGGGCUUUCACAGGGCCCACCAGUGACAUGAGCCAAAGCCUUAACCUCAAUAUGGAUGCAGCUCGCCGUUACCCCCUUUGUGGUGGACCUCUGGUAAGCUGAGUGUUUAACACAGCAAAACGCUUCAAUCAAAACAAAAUUACAAACGAAUUAUUUUUAAAACUACAAUUUUCUCAAACAAGUUGGCUGACAAACUGCGGAAAACUGAAUGUGACUGUCUACAUUGAAAGGACAAGACUCCGAUCAUCAGAGGGACGUCACAAGAAGAAGCGGUCUUGGGGUGUUUUGAGCCUUUUCAACAAAAAAAUCAUUCUUUUUUCACCAAAAAAUAACCCAGGCGGCUGAACCAAGUUCUACUUGAUCAAUUCUACCCUGAAUGUGCGUCCCGGACUCAUAAAACUGGACUAACUGUGACUGGGACCCUCUGAUAGACUCCAAAUUGCUCGCCGAGAUUAAAAUGCAAGCAGUUUUGUUUUCAGUGUUGAUUGUGACAGGACUACGAUAUCAAUGUUUACUCGUGACAAAUGUUUCAUGUUAAAAAUGGGCAGUUUGACUGGGCUACACUGCCCCACUCUGCGUGCUAAGUCGGUGCUUUUCCCCCAUACUCACACGUGUUCAGUCGCGGCUGGUACUCCAGCAGCUGUCCGUGUGGGACUGCCAGUCUCCAAGAUCUCUCAGAGCGGAGGAAACCAACGGUUUUGUGUUUUUUUUGGGGGAGGGGGGUCGAUGCCAAUUUCAAGUUCCACCAGGAUAUUUUUUUCUCUCUGAUGAUGAACUCCAGUUGAUAAAUUCUGCGUGGCUUCAUUUUCUAUUGUGUUUGCCUCCCUUGUUUUAAGCUGUUCUGGAGAAUCGUUUUGUAACUAUCAAAACACGCUGAGUCUGCUCAUUGACGGAAUACAAGUAGUUCAAAUACCUCUGUGAAAAAAAGAGACUGUAUAAAAUUGUAUUGUUCGGACA